CACUGACGCACUGACUGUCACGUGAAUUGCAAUGGUGGAGAAGAUCUGGUGAAGACAAGUCGGAGAUUUUUGUCUGUUUUCUGCUUUACUAGAACUUCGGACGGUCCUGUCGCGAGUUUUCUGUAGUUAUCGUUGAAGUCAAAGUUUAAAACUCCGUUGUUUGCAUAGCAGAAAACCCGCUGGAAAAUAAAAUAAGGUAGUUAAGGAAACCACCAUUCACCCUUUCACCAAUCAAAAGUCAACGAAGCACAAACCGAUUCAACAAUGUCCGAGUACUGGUUGAUAUCGGCACCGGGUGAUAAGACCUGUCAGCAAACCUGGGAAACGAUGAACCAUCUGACAAAAACACAGAACAAUCUCUGCGAGAAUUACAAGUUUCAUAUACCAGAUUUGAAGGUUGGUACUCUCGAUCAGCUAGUGGGUCUGUCCGACGAUUUAGGUAAAUUGGAUGCAUAUGUUGAGCAAUCGACACGCAAGAUUGCUUCCUACCUGGGGGAUGUUUUGGAGGAUCAGCGUGAUAAGCUGUAUGAAAAUCUGCAAGCGAACAACAGUCUUGAUGAACCGAUCGAAUCUACACCGGAAGAUACGGACGAGGUGCAAUCGCGCGUGUCGUGCUCGUCCUGCCAUUGUCACCAGCAGCAACGUCAGGACAUCCAUCGGUCGCGUUCCUACUUCGACGAUUGCAGUUAUGGCACCAAUUCACCAUGUUGCUGCUGUUGUCAGCUUGCAAACAUCUCACAACCCGCAUUGGACCGAUCUACGGAACUGUUGGCUUGUGGUUGCCCUGAGUCAAGCUCAAUGCUAGAUUCUCCUACCACGAUUGAAAUAUCUGCUUGUGAUUGUCAGAAUCAACAGCAAGAGGAAGUAUUCUUUUCUGCGAAUGGUCCUUCGCUGUCGGGCAGUAGAAAGCGCACUCACAGCAACAAUUCAAACGCACUGGCAGUCGAUCCAGAGCCAGAGCGUGCUCACGAUGAUCAUGAGAGCAGUUUCGAAUGGUGGUUUCACAGACGUAAAAGCUCACACAAAGCAAGGAGCCGUUCAUCUAGUCACAUUUAUGGUGGAACAAGCAGCGCGAAUAAUACUAUUCGAUCUUCUUCGGUCAGCAGUUGUUGUGGCAGUCAGGAACGCUCCAGUCCGGAUACAUUGGAGCAAGAAAUAUACGGUGGAAAUGUUAGCACUGCUGCUGUAUCGACGCUCACUACCACUACAAGUGCGACGGUUAGAAAUGGUGGGGUACCCUCACCAUAUAGGCCAAUCAGUCCAGACGACCUGAUAUCCUACAUCACCCGAUUCCAGUGGGAUUUAGCCAAAUAUCCGACGAAGCAAUCGCUGCGAAACAUUGCGGACAUCAUCUCGAAACAGGUGGGUCAGAUUGAUGCCGAUUUGAAGACGAAGUCCGCUGCCUACAACAAUCUGAAGGGCAAUCUGCAGAAUUUGGAAAAGAAGCAGACAGGAAGUUUACUAACUCGUAAUUUGGCUGAUCUGGUCAAGAGGGAGCACUUCAUUUUGGACUCGGAAUAUUUGACUACGCUGCUUGUCAUUGUACCGAAACCGAUGAUCAACGAUUGGAAUACCAACUACGAGAAGAUCACCGACAUGAUCGUUCCCCGUUCAUCGCAGCUCAUUAUGCAGGAUAACGAUUACGCACUGUGUACGGUCACAUUGUUCAAGAAGGUCGUAGAUGAGUUCAAGCUGCACGCCCGUGAGCGCAAGUUCGUCGUUCGUGAAUUUACCUACAACGAGGAGGAAUUGGCUGCUGGCAAAAAUGAAAUAACCAAGCUGACAACGGAUAAGAAGAAACAAUUUGGUCCACUUGUCAGAUGGCUGAAAGUCAACUUCAGUGAGUGUUUCUGUGCUUGGAUACACGUGAAGGCGUUGCGUGUAUUCGUUGAAUCGGUUCUCAGAUAUGGAUUACCAGUCAAUUUUCAGGCCAUCCUAAUUCAUCCUAACAAGAAGAACACCAAACGUCUACGAGACGUGUUAAACCAGCUGUAUGGUCAUCUGGACGGAUCGGCGGCGUCGUCUGGCGGAAAUGCUGAUAACGUCGACAUUCCUGGUCUCGGUUUCGGACAAUCGGAGUACUAUCCAUACGUGUACUACAAACUGCACAUUGAUAUGGUGGAAAAUAAAGCAUAAGUCCCAAUCAACCGUUGUCCUGGAAACAAAAUCUACAUCGCUGGCGCUCAGUUCCAUCCUUACUACUUCGACAAUGUUGUUUCAUACCCAUUCUGGCAAUCGGUUGAAUGCUAGGAUAUAAGAUUGUGUAGGAGUUCUAAAGGAUAUUUCACAAUACAAAAUCAAAAUUUUAACUUUUGACUCCAUUCUGUUAAGUUGUUGAUUAUUUUGUCUAAUGUUCAUUUCGUAAUUUAAACAAAUUAAUAAUUAUUGUUUGUGUAAGACCGUUAAUUAUUCAAUUUUUGUGUUAUGAAGGAGGAAAAGUUUUUAAAAGAAUGAUCUUAGUAUAUUGAAAAGGCAUUAUGGAACAAAAAAUAAAAUAAUAGAAUAGAGAUGGAUUUUGUUGCACUCCUUGUUGGUUGGAAGGUAAACAUGUUAACCAUGUAUUUCUGAAUUGGCUAAUGGUAGCAAGAUCAUCACUCGCCAUUUCGCUAAUUUGAGUAAAACUCAUUGUAUUGUUAUGGGUUGAAAUUCAUCUCCGUUUCCGUUUGAGCCAAAACUAAGAAGUUGCUUUAAUUAUAAACGGAAAAUAGCUUAACUAAACAUGUUGAACAAUAAGCUGAAAAAGAAGCAAAGAAGCGUAUAUUUAAAAACAAGUAUAUUACAAGGAAGUUUCACUUCGCGACAGGCUAAAUUCAAACAUUAAAUUUGUGUAAAUAAAAAUGAAACCAUUCCAA